AAAAGGGCAAAAGCUUGAAUUUGAAGCUUCAAAGUUGAUAGAAGAUAGGUCUGACCAGUGUCGAGCAUGUAUAUAUGUCAAUUGUCAUCCUCAUCGAUGCCAUGUCCUCACCCCAUUGACCCCUCCGUCUUCGUGCAAAGGUAAAAGGCCAGCAAUUAUAACCUGUAAAAGCCCCCCUCGGCCCACUAUCCUCUUCUCCUACUUUCAACAUUAACCUCCGAAGCAGAAAAGCAAAGAAACCAAAAGCAGAGCUCUUUCCUUUUUUGUGCUCUGAAAGCUAUGAGAGUCCCCGUUACAGCCCCACAAAACAACCAUUCUCUGACCCCAGAAGCUAACAAUAACGAUAACAGUACUACUAGAGCCAGGAACAUCAGUUUCGUUAACAGUGUUUCAGCCUCAUGCUAUGAGCCAACAUCGGUUCUUGAUCUUCGUCGGAACCCAAGUCCGGCGGUGCCAGAAAAGCCGGUUUCGAAUCCUGUCGAUGUUUCUAAUUGUAUAUCAGUGUCGAAUCCUCCUCCUCAUCAUCAUCAUCAGGCGCCUCUUGAGUGGGAGGAGCAUGUGCUGCGAAACAUGGAUUGGGAUUCCAUCAUGAAAGACUUGGGAUUGGAUGACGAAUCUGUGCCUGCUAUCAAAACUAUUCCUCCUCAAGCUAUUAGUCCCAGCAGCGAAAAUCAUAUCCAAAACCUCCCCGUGUUCACGCCCUGCGAGUUGACUCAACACUCCAUCCAUUCUGAUUUAGACAAUCUUUACGAUUUUUAUUCGGGUCUAAAUAAUAAUUACCUUGAUAGUUCUAAUAGUUGUAAUUUUCAUAAUAGUGGUAACUUCAACUUGGGCUUUGAUUUUAUAGAAGAACUGAUAAGAGCUGCGGAUUAUUUCGACACCCACGAAUUGCAGCUCGCGCAGGUGAUAUUGGCGCGGCUCAAUCAGCGGCUACGAUCUCCUUCGGGGAAACCGUUACAAAGGGCCGCUUUUUACUUCAAAGAAGCUCUCCAGUCUCUACUAACCGGGUCAACGCGGUCGACUAGUUUAUCUUCAUGGAGCCAAAUCGUUCAAACCAUCAAAGCCUACAAGGCCUUCUCUGGGAUCAACCCUAUUCCCAUGUUCACUCACUUCACGACCAAUCAAGCUCUCCUCGAAGCACUGGAUGGAUCAGCACCGUUGAUUCACAUCAUCGAUUUUGAUAUCGGACUGGGAAGUCAAUACGCUUCUUUAAUGAGAGAAAUAUCUGAAAGAGAUGAUCAUUCUUGCAAGUUCAUUCGAGUAACUGCCGUGGUUCCCGAAGAAUAUGCCAUUGAGACAAGGCUUAUCAAUGACAACCUUUUCCAGUUCGCUCAAGACCUUAAGUUAAGGUUUCAGAUUGAGUUUGUUCUUCUUCGAACCUUCGAAAUGUUGUCUUUUAAAGCUUUUAAUUUUAUGGAAGGAGAAAAAAUGGCAAUUCUUUUAUCUCCGUCUAUUUUCCGAUGUCUCAGUUUAAACGUCACGGCGUUUUUGAGUGACCUUCGGAGGAUUAAUCCAAGCGUCGUUGUCUUUGUGGAUAGUGAGGUAUGGAUGGAGUCAGGGGCGACGUCAUUCCGGAAGAGUUUCGUGAACAGUUUGGAGUUCUACACCAUGAUGUUUGAGUCGUUGGACGCGGCGGUCGCGGGUAGGGAAUGGGUGAGGAAGAUUGAGACGUUAUUGUUGCAGCCAAGGAUAUUGGCGGCGGUGGAGGUGGCUGCCCGGAGGACAGCACCACCGUGGAGGGAGGUGUUUUAUGGAGCGGGAAUGAGGGCGGUGCAUUUGAGUCAGUUUGCGGAUUUUCAAGCUGAGUGCUUGUUAGGGAAGAUGCCGGUUCAGGGAUUCCAGGUGGCGAAAAGACAGGCCCAAUUGGUGCUUUGCUGGCGCAAGAGUGCCCUGGUUGCCACGUCAGCUUGGAAGUGGAUAUAGGAUUAGGAGGAGAGGCUUGAUUCGGGACGUAAUUAUCUGUAUCCCAAUCCAAUUUAUUUUUUUUCUGUGUUUGGAUAUUUUUAUGGUCUAAUUUGGUGUAGCUAUUUUGAAAGAGCUGGGGGUACCUUAAGCUUUAGGUAGACUAGUUUUUUCUUAUCCAGUUAUCCAGAAUUAUAUAAUAUGAAUCUUCAAACAAGACUUUGUACCAAAAACUUGUGAAUCCCAGGGGGCAAUCCCCAGUAAUGAAAUCAAAUUCUAUUAUUUUUUGUUUUUUAUAAUUAUUAAUAUAAAUACAUGUAAGUUCAUUAAAAAAUUUCUUCCCAAAAUAUAUCCUGAUUUAUAAGUUAUAUACUCAAACUUAAUUAAUUACAAUUUUAUUCCAUCAUUUAGUUUUUAAAGAAUUAAGUAUAUACA